AUGCCGAGAUAUAAGGGAAAACAACUGGAGGAGAGGGAGAAGUUAAUCCAAGAUGCUCUAUCACAUUAUAAUACCUCUACUAAACCCUCUAUGCGCGCUUCUGCUGACACUUUUGGUAUUCCCUGGACCACAUUAAGAGAUAGGCUAAAUGGGGCUCAAAAUCGCCGAGAUGCGCACCGCUCAAUGCAGCUACUAUCUGAGCAUGAGGAGACUACUAUUGUGAGGUGGUGUGAGCGGAUGGAUGACUGGGGGUUCCCAUUAAGGUUAUCUCUAGUAAAAGAGAUGGCUGCCUAUUUGGUAAAAAAAAGGGAAAUAGGGAGGAGGCUAGGAAAGCACUGGUUAGCCCGGUUCCUGCAAAGGAACCCAGAGCUAGCUUCAAAAUUUAGUGCUAGACUGGAUAAGCAAAGGGCAUUGCUCAAGCAGGUUAUCACUCUAUAUGAUAUCCUCCCAAAAGAUAAAUACAACAUGGACGAAAAGGGGUUUAUGAUGGGUAUUGCAGCUAAGGUGAAGGUUAUCUGCCGCUUUGGGCGGAAAAAUCCCAGGUUAACCUACUCCUGUAACCGCACAUGGGUGACAGUUAUUGAGGCAGUCUCGGCGGCGGGGGUACCGGUACCCCCUAUGAUAAUUAACCAGGGUGUGGCGCACUACAUAGGCUGGUAUGUGGGGGUUCAGAAGAGCGGCGAUGCAGCCACAUUCUUCUACUCCCCAAAGGGUUGGACUGAUUCUAAAUUGGGUAUGGAAUGGUUAAUUGAGAAUUUUGAUAAGCAUACUAGUAAUAUCUAUCUAUUUGAGGCUAGGAGACGCGCAUACACCAAGAAAAAUAUCCUCGCAGCUUGGGACAAAGUGGGUAUAGAGCCAUUUAAUCCCCGCCGGGUUUUAGAUUACAUCGUCGCUCCACCGCCAAGCGUCACCUUUCCUAUUUCAGGACCCACUACCCCCCGCACUACUAGAAUGGCUAGAUCAACUGCUAAAGAGGCUUUUGGCCUACAGUUUCUGGUAGAAUUAUUGCGAAAACAGGGGUAG